UGUCCUUGUUUGCUAAACAAGAGCAGAAUAUAUAUGUUUUCACAGGCGUGCGGACUAUUGGUGCUUAUCCUGUUGGCAACAAUGAUAUAUUAUUUGCAAUGUGUUAUUUAGAGUGUUGCUGGAACACGGCUCAUGUUUUUAUUUGCUAAUCAUGAACGGAAUAUACAAUUUGUUGAAGCCGUGUGGACUAUUGGUACUAAUGCUCCUGGCAACAGUGAUAUAUAACCUAGGCUCCAGAGGAACAGUGACGUUCACAAACAUACCAUAUGGAGCCACACAAGAAUCUGGUCACAAAGGAACACUGGAAGAAUCAUCCAGACAGGGAGUAGACGACGAUAUAACAACCAGAUAUAGCCAUGUGGAGAACGUUGUGCAACAGCGAUUACAAAAAGUUCGAGAUUUUUGUGUUCAAAAUAUUAAAGUCAAUAUCUGGGAAAACCUAAAACCCACGGGCCAAGUAUGGUCAAGUAUGAAUCAUGACAUUCACUAUUGUUUAACGCCAAAGAUUGGCUGUACAUACUGGAAGCAAGUAAUGCGCUUUAUUGCUGGAGAUUAUAAUACAAAUCUAAACAUAAGCAAACCAGGAGACAUCGACCGCAACUAUGUACAUUAUGGGAAUUUGAAAUACAUUAGGCACGUUGGUUUGGAAAGCGCCAUGGCUCGAGGUGAAAUGUCAAAGGGUCGUUCAUUCAUGUUUACAAGAGAACCGUACGGUCGAUUAUGGUCCGCGUACAUUGACAAGUUUCUUCUGCCAGACUUUUGGAGAUCGGAUGCACAUGCUGUUGUUAACCAAAUACGUCUAAACGCUACUGAUGAGCAAAGAUUAUGUGCAAAUGACGUCACAUUUACGGAAUUUCUACAAUACAUAGUGGCGUCCUUCCCCCGAAAUUUAAAUGAACACUGGCAGCCGGUAUAUAAAAUAUGUGAUCCCUGUCUAGUGGCCUAUGACGUCAUUGGCAAACAGGAAACAUUCGCCAAUGACUCAAACUAUAUAAUGCAGAAAGUCGGGCUAGGAAAUUUGAUUCCUAUGUCAGGUUCAAAAUCAUCAAGGGCGAUCGAAGAAAUAACGAUGUUGGUCAAAUAUAACUUUGAUUUGGAGCGUGCUAUACAUAAAGGCUGUUUCGACAAAGAAGAUGUUGCAAAGCGACUUUGGAAAGCUUUCCAAUACAACGGAUAUAUUCACAGAUCAAUUGAUAUUCCUUUCAAAAGUAUGCAUUCAGACAACUUCACUCAACAUCCGACGGAAGUAUUUGUAAAACAUGCUUUGUGGACAUUACAAUAUCAACACGACCAAACUUUUGAUAUUAGUAAUCAAAAACGCAAUAUGAUGUUAGAAGCGUAUAGAAGUGUUCCUGUGGAACUGGUAAAAUCUAUUCAGGAGGUUUAUAAAUUUGAUUUCGAGUUGUUUGGAUAUGACAAAAAUAGUUUGGAUGAAGUAUAAAAAUAUAAUGCAGGCCUACUAUUAAUUGAUACAAUAUAUAUAUCAAUAUUAGAUAAAAAAAAUAUUUGUUUUCACUUCAGGGCCCAAGUUCUUUAUUUCAGCCAGCAAGAAGUCGCCGUUUUCAGUUUUAUUUACACUAUUACCUUACAUUUGACACAUUCAAUAUUUAAUUGAAGGUAAAAACAUGGAAUACAAAAAAACAUUUGUUACACAGAUCAAAUACCAAAUGUUCAACCAGUUGUCGGAAAUGCCUAUUUCUAGUUACAUCAGAACUGAAUAUUAAUCGUACGCCAUACCGGAAAAUAAUGUCACGUGAUAAAAAUAAUAUCACGUGACAUAAAAAAGUGCCUAAGAGGGUAUUCAGAAUUUCCUUUCCUGGUGUUCGUGCCAUAUCUAUGGCAUUAAUAUUAUCAAUUUGAGCUGAGAGACAAUACAUUCAAAUAUAAAACUGAACAAUAUGAAACAUGUCUGAUCUUGAUUUUUUUUUACAAAAACAAACAUUGCCUAUCAAAUAUUGUUAAAUCUAAUAAACUUAUCCCCAAUAAGUUUCAAUAUUUUAGGAUAUAAAAUAUUAAACGGCAACGUAUUGGUUCCAUUUAAAUAAAUUAAUAAUCAUAAUUUCUAAGAACAUUUGAAAAAAAGAGCAUUCUUUAUUUUUCAUGUUUGAAAAUAUCUUAUUGGGGAUAAGCGUUUUAUUUGUAUUUCUUUUGGCAUAUCAUUAAAGUCAACACAAUAUAGCAGUAAAAUUUACUGAAAAAAAAAUGAUUUCAAUUUAAAGAAUUAAUGGCAUGAGUUGGUAUUGUUCAAUAUUGUAUUGUGAAUAGUAUGGAUGUGUAUCCCCAUGGCGAUGGGGUGUCGAUUACAGAACCAAUUUAAAUUCCAGGCAGAGAUCCUGCAUCAAUUAAUGGUUUGUAGUAUUAUAUUACUGUUGUCACGGAGCACUUGUCAGAAUGAUUAUAAUGAAAACAAUGCGUUCAAAAAGAUUAAUGUCUACUUUAAAAUAUAAAACUGCAACAAAGAAAACAAUACCACAAUUCACCAUGUUGAACGGCCAUUUUAGACUUUCACUAUCGGUUACAUUGAAAAAUCCCUAGCCGGCUAGCACUACAGUAAAGUUGGCUGUACACUGUAAAAUAUAAUAAAGUAUAUUUUGAAACUCAUUUACAUUGAAAUGUGUUACAUAUUUCAUUUCUGUUUGUUUAAUGUCUCUUCAAUAAAAAAAAAUGUUCAGCAAUAAUUCUCCAACCAUGAGUCCUUUUUUCUUUCUUUUACUUGCCUCUAUGACAGCAUCUAUGGUUCUAUAAUAGCGACCAUAGGGUCGGGCCAACCCUUUGGAACCUUAUAAAGAAAAACAGAAAUUAUAAAGGAUACUCUUUAUAUGUAAUCAUGAAGUUAUCAUAAAUAUUUACCCAUAUUUUUUAGCGAUUGUUGCAGCACGAAAAAGCAAUUUUACCAGCAGUAGAGAAAAG